GCAGAAGGGCCAAGAUGCAAAACAGCGGAAAACAACUUGCCCUCCCUAUAAGCCCAAAGCACCCGGUCCGCCACGGCGCCCGCCUCCCCUCGCCGGUGUCGCGUGUCCCUCGUUCGCGCACGCCCAGCCCGCCUCCACCUCUCAUGCCGGAGCAGCACCGCAUCGCCGGAGAUCCGCCGUACUGGUGAUCCCCGGAGCAGGAGCAGACGCAAUGGACCGCAUCAUGAUGUCCCGCCCACCCCUUCCCGCCCCGACCCAUGCCGCUGCGGGCGCCGACGGUGACUUCCUCGAGCUCGACGUGCUCUGGCCCGCCUCCCCUUCCGCGGUAGGUCUCGGCCUCCUUGCCGCGCUCCCGGAGGAUGAGGGCAAGAAGAAGAAGCGCGCCGCGGCCGGGGUCGGGGUCGGGGUCGGGGUCGGAGCCCCCGCCCGAUCCGCCGCGCGCCCCGUCCCGGAGACCGUCGCAGCGUCCGCGAUGGCGAGGUCGGCGCCGGUGCGGAUACCGUCGGAUCCCGCGCGGAGGGGGAGGUGGGCCCACGCCGGGGCGGGAGCUGGCGGCAGCGCGGAGGACGCCGGGGAGGCCUUGGUCCCCCCGCACGAGAUCGUCGCGCGCCGCGCCGCCGCGCACAGCUCGGUGCUGGAGGGCGCCGGGAGGACGCUCAAGGGCCGCGACCUCCGCCGCGUCCGCAAUGCCGUCCUGCGCCGCACCGGCUUCCUCGACUGAGGCGGAGGCGAGUCGUCACGUCGCUUUCGCGAUAAAGUUUUGAUCAUGUUGUUUUCUCUUCGCGAUUUUGUUUCCCGAUGAUGUGUUUCUGGUCCGGCUACUUUGAUUCCUUCCCCUGCCGAGAGGGGGUUGGGAAAAAAUGAGGUGAGUUGAGGUGAACGAGCGACGACGUAAUUACCUUGCUGUGUUGUUUCAUCACACAUAUAUGGAAAUUUUGGCCCUUAU